AUGCAUCGCCAUCGUCGGCCGCCUCGGCGGCGACGUCCGCGCUCGAUGCUCAACCUCAUCAAGAAGACGGUGACCGAUCGCGUGUCCGACGCCAUCGCGCACGCGUCCGCGCGCCGCGACGUUACCGCGCGCGGCGUCAAACUCUCGAGCACGGGCGCGCUGCACCUCGAGAAAACGUCGGGCGCCGUGAACGCGCUCGCGCUCGUGAUGCGCGGCACGGAAGACCCGCGACUGGUCGGUGCGUCAAGUGAUGGCGCCCUGCGGGCGUGGAGCACGAACACGGGGGCGCUGACGUCGAGGGUGCGGGCGCACGAGGGCGAGGCGCGGGCGUUGGAGACGAGCGGGACGGCGGGCACAGGAAAGAUGCUGUUGAUUAGCGCGGGAGGAAAAGGUGGGGUCGUCGUCGCUCGAGAUGCGAUUUCGGGGACGAUUGAGACGGAGCACACCGGUUUGGAGGGGUUGGACGCCGAGCUCGGGGAGGUUCGGUGCGUCGCGGCGCUGCGAGACGGGCGCGUGGUCGCUGGCGAUGACGAAGGACGGGUCUUCGUGUGGGAACAUAAAGAUACUCUUCCCUGCUGGCGAUGGUCGACCAAGGUAAACGUUGGGGUGGAGAGCCUGAGUCCACGCGGGAGGGGUAAAACACCGAGGACGUCGCCGGAUGCGGUUAACGCAGUUUGCGGAUGGACGCAUCGGCAAUCGGGCGAAGAGUUUGUGGCGACCGGAAACGGACGCGGAUCUCUCCAGCUCUGGCGCAUGCAUCAGUCGAAAGCACUCGCUACGUUCGACGAGGACGAGGGUGGACAUCGUGGGGCUAUUCACGCUGUGUGUGACAACGACGGUGUCAUCAUCACCGCUGGUGCGGAUGGCCGCGUCUUGGCAUGGUACGUGAACGAGAACGGCGAACUUCUUGGUCCACCCGAGGCAAUGGACGUUGGAGCACAUCACACGGGAUCGGUGCUGAGCGUCAUAAACAUAUCGCCGGGAGUUGUGUGCACGGGAGGCACUGAUCAACGCGCGUUGAUUUGGGACGUCAAAUCGCGCGCGAUGAUGUUUGAAUGUCCCAGUACCAAAGCGGGCGCGGUAAUGUCAUUGGCGUUUGACGAUUCCGCCGACGUCUUGUACACAGGCUGCGCGUUGAACCAAAUCUCGCGUUGGGAGUUACCGAUGGGAGAGCGAAUGAGUCCUCGUGAGCACGCGAACGAUCUGCCACUUUUGACACGGAAACUGAGCUACGACAGUUUCGAAUCAUGGGACCAGAACGACGCGCCCGCCGCUCAUCAGAGCUCCGUCUCUCAUGGGAGUGUUGCGGUGGAGACGAAACUCGAUACCUCGAGCGAGUUGACUAGCGCUCAGUCGAUGUUGGUGCGCGUCACCGAGGAGCUCGAUGAGAUGAAAAUGUCUGACAGGAUUCUCUCACAGAAGGUCGCAAGUUUGGAGAACGAGUUACGGGCUGAGCGCGCAUCACUCGCAUCUGCUCGCGAAGAAAUCGAGCAGCUGAGGAGACCGGCUGCGCCAAAAGGAGAGACAUUCGACGCGACUUUGAAAGCAAAGUGCGAGAAGAUGGAAUCGAUCGCUCGCAAGCAAAAGAGCAAGAUUGACGAGUUGAAGUCUACAUUGAAGUUGGCCGUGGACGAGCGACGCGACAAAUGCGAUGAAUUGGAGAAACUUUCGAAGACAGUCGAAGGCUUGCGAAAAGAGCUAGAACUCGCUCGUUCUAGCGCACCUGCAAAGGACGCUACGUCGCUGGACGUAGAAGAAAUGAUGGCUGCCGCCGAGCGAGCUCUGUUGAGCCCACAGCAAGCAAGCGAAGAAGCUCCAUCAGAAAUCAUGCGUGAAUUGCACAGCAUUCGCGAAGAAUUUAUUUCAGCGGAACAGACGAUCUCCAAACUGAACUCGCGUCUGAGUUCUGUCGAAGAAGAGAAAGAAUCCAUCUCUGCGCAACACGCAAGGUUGGUUGACGAGACCAGCAGACACGCGGACAAACUAAGAGCUGUUCAGGCGGAGCUCGACGGCGUCAGGCAAGAAUCCGAUGCCGCGCUGACCGCACUUCGCGAGCAGUUGGAUCAAGCUCAAAACAGAGCCAAUGCUUUAGAGAAAGAGCUCAGCGAUGCGAAGGUCACUCUGAGCGCAAGGGAUGCGGUCGCGGAUGAAAACGCGAAAUCUGUGGAUGUGUUGACGGUGCUCCAAACUGAAAACGCCGCAAAGGACAAGCGCAUCAAGGAACUUGAUGCAAAACACAGUCUAGCGAGGCAAAAGCUCGAGAACGCAGUGACGAAGGGCAAGGGGUUUCAACAAGAGUGUACCGAGCUUAAGAUUAAGCUGCAGAAUGCGCAAGACGAGGCGGAUGGCCAACGCAAAGAACUUGCUGAGCUCAAAUCGCAGCUCAAUGCGGCGCGAACUUUGACGGAUGAGUUUGAAAGCAGGCAGGCUCUCGCAGACGCUGAAGCGGAACGUGUACGAGCUCAGUUAAGCGAAGUGCAAGGCGAGGCUUCGAAGAGCGACGAAACUAUGGCUCAGUUGCACGAAGACUUGAAGCGCGCAGACCAGCGAGUGCGCGAAGCGGAGGAGUCGGUUGCGUCGAGUGCAGAGCGACACCAAGCUGAAUUGAGCGAAUUGAAGCGGAAGUUUGACAGCGCAGUUCAAAAAGGCAAAGGAUUUCAGCAGGAAUGCGCGGAGCUCAAGAAACAGUUGCAAGAACGGGAAGCCACGCAUCAAGAGAAGUGUGACGCGAUCAUGUCUCGGGCGGGGCUCAAUGAAGCUAACGUUCAGAAAUUAGUCGACACCAUGAGCGCUCAGCGCGAAGAACUGGAGCAUCUAAAACAGGACUUUGAGAACACAGAGAAGAUGAGCAGAAGAUUGCAGGAAGAGAACGCUAAGCUCAAAACCACAAUGGAAGAACGCACCGGCGCGAUCGACGCCGCUAGAGCUGAACUCAAGGAGGCGCGGUCCGAAGCACAGCGCGCGAUAAAUGAGCUUAAGUCGUUGGAGUCGCAGCACAAAAGUGAGAUCAUCAAGUCGGCGCAGGACAUUGAGCGUUUGCGCGAGGCAUUGUCGACAAGCGAAGUCGAACGCGGGCACUUGGUAUCACAGAUGAGAUCUACGGAAGAGGCACAAAGUGAGUUGAUGAAAUUGCGCGACUGUAUACAAACGUAUGAAGCGGAGAUGAGUGCCCUGAAAAGUACCGUAGAGACCGCUAAGGCAAAGUUUGCAAAUGCCGUUGCGAAAGGCAAAGGUUACCAAGCUGAGGCGGCGAAGUUACGAGAGGAGCUCGAUCAUGCGAAAGAUACGAACGACCAGGUCGAAGAUCUAUCAUCUAGCCUCGAGAUAGCAAGUAAGAAGGUGAGUGAGAGUGCCAGGAUCAUCGCUGAAAAAGAUGAGAUGAUUGCGCGGCUCAUCGCACAACUGAAACAAUCACAGGCCAGUCAAGGAGAGGACGAACGGGGCAAGAACUGGCUCGAACAACAAGCGAGAGCCACUGCUGAGGCUCAGGCAAGUGCCUUGGCUGAUGAAAACGAGCGGCUGCGACAGGAAGUCGCUGCGGCUUCCGCCGCCGCGCAGGAGGCGUGGGCAGUUGCGUCGAGUCACGGAGUGCGUCCGGGCGAGUCGAGACCAACGAGCGAAAUCGGGUCUCCGGUGCGUGAAGGGUUUCCUUCGCGUGCGCGAUCUCUGUACCAACAUCCGACGUAUCGCGGAGCCAUGUCAAUGAUCUACGAGCGACAAGACUCUAUGGUACCUCGGGAAGACUACGACCAAGUGAAGGAACACUGCGCGAAACUGAAGCGGGAACUGGAAAACGCCAAGGCUGCCGCGAAGGAAGCGGUUCAACAGGUGAUAAAUCGGUUAGAGAUGGAAGUAAUGGCGAAGGUUCACGCCGAGACACUCGCGAAAGCCGCUGAGGCGGAAUGUAAAAGAGCUUGGGCGCACGCAAAGGAUGCGUUGGCGACGGCUAGAGAAAUCCAGAAGAAACAGUUGCCAAUUCCGGUCGAAUCGCUUAGACCGCAGCCACCGCCUGGGACGCGAGCUGCAGCGGCCAUGGAGCGCGACACGUCCGGCGCGCUCAUCAUUCGACAGGAGCAUCUGCUGUCGGUACUCAUCGCUUUACUGGCCUUUGUCAUCGGCGCUGUGUUCACAGGUAGAAAAAUUCGGUAG